CUUUUGUCCUGUUUUAUUAUUUCUUAUAUAUUUCUAAGAUAAGUACAAUCAAUUAAAUGUGUUAUCAUAAAUAAUAGUUAUUGUUGUGCUAUUAGCUGACAUUGAAUUAGAACCAAAGGAGAAAAUAAUUGGUAAUCUAAUCUGAAAUGUUAAUACUUUUUUCCCUGCAGCCCUAUUCAGGUCAAAGCCUUAUUGACACUGAAUCCAUUUAUUUUACUUGUAUUUAAUAAAUCCAUGCAAGGAUAUUAAUGGCACGGAGCAGCAUGGAAAUCCGCUUUUCUUCUGUAGUGCCCUGCCCCUCUGCUGGUUUGACCCCUCCUGCGCCAAACCGAAGCCCAGCCUGGAUGAUGGCUCAAUAAAACUUCCCCAAAAGUCAUUUCAAAGUUGACAGACUGUUGACAUCGUCUUCUGUUUCCAUUGCUCGGACCAAAAAUGCAUCGCAUCCUGCACAUUAGGAGACUUGUACUAGGAAACGCCUACAGGACAGUGAGUCUUUAAAACAACAGAACUAUAAGUAGUUUGUAUGAAGUGGAUAUAGCUAGCAAGGAUGAUGCGUGCAGUGUGUGUUGACGUACCGGGAGGACCGGAGAAUUUGCUGCUGCGAACUGUCCCUAGACCUCAGCCCAAAUGUGGAGAAGUCCUAAUUAAAGUUCAUGCAACUGCCCUCAACAGGGCGGACUUACUGCAGAGGCGAGGAUUGUACCCACCUCCCCCAGGUGAGAGUGACAUCAUAGGCCUGGAGGUUGCUGGUACUGUGGAUACUCUGGGUCCGGGGCUGAAAGGAGGCUGGGGGCGAGAUGACCGGGUCAUGGCCUUGCUCUCUGGAGGAGGAUAUGCAGAAUAUGUGUCUGUGCCGGAGGAGCUUUUAAUGCCCGUCCCCCCUAAUCUCACUCUCUGCCAGGCUGCUGCGAUCCCAGAGGCCUGGCUCACUGCUUUUCAGCUGCUGGUAUUCAUAGCUCAGGUGAAGGAGGACGAGGUGGUCCUGGCUCACGCCGGAGCAAGCGGCGUGGGGACAGCUGCUGUUCAGCUGGUUCGUCUGUUGGGAGCCGUGCCCGUCGUUACUGCAGGAAGCCCGGAAAAACUUAAGAUGGCCCUGAGUCUCGGAGCUGCAGCCGGGUUCAACUACAAAGAGGAGAGCUUUGCGCAGGGAGUCCAUGACUUUACAGCAGGCAAAGGAGCGAACGUCAUCCUGGACUGCAUCGGCGGCUGCAACUGGGAGCACAAUGUCAGCUCUUUAGCCACCGACGGCAGGUGGGUGCUGUACGGCACCAUGGGAGGCCGGGCAGUCGAGGGGGAGCUACUGGGAAAACUGCUCUCCAAACGAGGCCACUUGCUCUGCAGCCUGUUGCGCUCUCGCAGCCUUCAGUACAAAGCCGACCUAGUGAAGGCCUUCUCACAGAGAGUUUUACCAUGCUUCUCGGACCAGCAUUCCUCCUUGAGGCCUGUGAUUGACAGCACAUUCAACCUGGAGGACAUCGCAGAAGCUCACAGGCACAUGGAGGCCAACAAGAACACGGGGAAGAUUGUCAUAAAUUUGAUUCCACCAAAUUAAGAAACUCAGCGAAAAACAGCUGCAGUUUUUUGCUCUGAAAUAUUAAAUUGUACUAAAUUGGAUUUAUCAUGUUUUUAAAUAUGCCUUAUCCAUUGUUCAUUGUAUAUUGUCAAUUGACCGCUGCUAAAUGUUUUUUAAUAUUGUAAUCAUAUUGGAAAUAAAAGAGACACUGACUCUUCGCUUCAUUAAAGCCACUGGUGAUGAUUG